CUUGUUGUUCGAUCAAAGAAAGGAAACGGGAAUGACGAAAUCAGAUAGAACGCGUGGGCAGAUGAACGAAGACGGUGAGAAGGAAACAUGAAGGCGGCGACGCUGCAUCCGGGUCCUUGCUCUUUGCAGGUCACAAAGAGGACCGAAGGAAGAAGAAGCUCGCAGGCGGCUAAUCCUGAUGUCUUGGUCGAUCGAUCGCGAAGAGGGACGCGUCUCCAGGGUCGACGAAGCCGAAGGAAAAGAAGGGAGAAGCAGCGAGGCUGCUCGUGGCCUUGGUGGGUGUAGUGAGGGGAUGCUCAAGCAGCUUCUCGGCUGCUUGCUUCGGCUGUGGUAGCGAGAUGCGAAGGAAGUCCGGUCGGCAGCAACAUGUCGUAGGUGGGGGCUUCGGUGGUGUUUGCUUGACGGAAGAAGAAGAGAAGUGAGAGGGGUGGGGCUGUUGCCUCGAUGGUUCACCGAAGCAUCACCACCGUCGGUGGUUCGUGACAGAGGACGAAGAAACAGGCAGAAAAUCAAGGAAGAAAGGGAAAGAAAAGGAAGAGCGGAAAAGGGCUGAAGAUGAUGACGAAUUCAGGAGUGUUUGUAGGUUUUGAUGUUUCAUUUGACAGCUUCAAUUGAGAAAGGAAACACGUCAAUUGAGAAAGGAAACACGAGAUGGCAAAAAUUGACCCAACCCGGACCCAACCCAAAAUUAGCGGGUUGGGUUGAGAUUUUCAACCCAUUAAACUUAAAUGGGUCAACCCCUCUGACCUAUUUAAUUAAAUAGGUUGGGUUGGAUAAAAAUUAUCAACCCGUUUUCAACUUGUCAACCCAUUUAACUUUAAUAUAUAUUUAAUUUAAUAUUAUUUGAAUAUUAUCAUGUAUUAAUCAAAGUAAUAAUUUGUAAAUUAUAAUCUUGCAUUAUUGUUAUCUAUGUUUAAUAAAAUUCAAUCAUAAUUUCCAUCAUUUUUUUAACGUCGAUAGUACUGGUCACUCUCCAAAAACACUGUGAAACUAAACAUUUUUAAUGUUAUUUGAACAAUUUAUUUGUAUUUAUAAAU